CUCCCCCUCCGCUCCCGCCACCUCCGCCCGCCGCCCCGGCCGCGUCGGGUAAACCUGUUCGGCAAGGCGGCCGCGCCGGGGCGGAUCGAGCGGCCGGCGGCUCCUCGCGGCUCGCGGCGUCGGGGCCCGUGGAGCGCGCGGCCGGCCCUCGGCCGCGGCCCUCGGCGGCGCCACCAUGUACUCGGGAGCCGGCCCCGUUCUUGCGUCUCCUGCUCCGUCAGCGUCACCCAUCCAAGGAUAUGCCUUCAAGCCUCCACCUCGGCCGGACUUCGGCACCUCCGGGAGAACAAUCAAACUACAGGCCAAUUUCUUUGAAAUGGACAUCCCCAAAAUUGACAUCUAUCACUACGAAUUGGACAUCAAACCAGAGAAAUGCCCAAGGAGAGUGAACAGGGAGAUAGUGGAGCACAUGGUCCAGCACUUUAAGACCCAGAUCUUCGGGGACCGGAAGCCAGUGUUUGAUGGAAGGAAGAAUCUGUACACUGCCAUGCCCCUUCCAAUCGGCAGGGACAAGGUGGAACUGGAGGUCACGCUGCCAGGAGAAGGCAAAGACCGUAUCUUCAAGGUGUCCAUCAAGUGGGUGUCAUGUGUGAGCCUGCAGGCGCUACACGAUGCACUUUCGGGGCGGCUUCCCAGUGUCCCUUUUGAGACGAUCCAGGCCCUGGACGUUGUCAUGAGGCACUUGCCAUCCAUGAGGUAUACCCCUGUUGGCCGCUCCUUCUUCACUGCAUCUGAAGGCUGUUCCAACCCCCUGGGCGGGGGCCGAGAAGUAUGGUUUGGCUUCCACCAGUCAGUCCGACCUUCUCUUUGGAAAAUGAUGCUGAAUAUUGAUGUAUCAGCCACAGCCUUUUAUAAGGCACAGCCGGUGAUCGAGUUCGUCUGCGAAGUUUUGGAUUUUAAAAGUAUUGAAGAGCAACAAAAACCUCUGACAGAUUCCCAAAGGGUAAAGUUUACCAAAGAAAUUAAAGGUCUAAAGGUGGAGAUAACGCACUGUGGUCAGAUGAAGAGGAAGUACCGUGUCUGCAAUGUGACCCGUCGGCCUGCCAGUCACCAAACGUUCCCGCUGCAGCAGGAGAGUGGGCAGACAGUGGAGUGUACAGUGGCCCAGUACUUCAAAGACAGGCACAAACUGGUUCUGCGCUACCCCCACCUCCCGUGUUUACAAGUUGGACAGGAGCAGAAACACACCUACCUUCCCUUGGAGGUCUGUAACAUAGUGGCUGGACAGAGAUGUAUAAAAAAAUUAACAGACAAUCAGACCUCAACCAUGAUCAGAGCCACUGCCAGGUCGGCACCCGAUCGGCAAGAGGAGAUCAGCAAAUUGAUGCGAAGUGCGAGUUUCAAUACAGACCCGUAUGUCCGCGAAUUUGGAAUCAUGGUCAAAGAUGAGAUGACAGAUGUGACAGGACGGGUUCUGCAGCCUCCCUCCAUCCUCUACGGGGGCAGGAACAAAGCGAUUGCCACCCCUGUCCAAGGUGUGUGGGACAUGAGAAACAAGCAGUUCCACACAGGCAUCGAGAUAAAGGUGUGGGCCAUCGCCUGCUUCGCACCCCAGCGCCAGUGCACUGAAGUCCAUCUGAAGUCCUUCACAGAGCAACUGAGGAAGAUCUCGAGAGAUGCCGGGAUGCCCAUCCAGGGUCAGCCCUGCUUCUGUAAAUAUGCCCAGGGGGCAGACAGUGUGGAGCCUAUGUUCCGGCAUCUGAAGAAUACCUACGCUGGUCUUCAGCUGGUGGUCGUCAUCCUACCCGGCAAGACUCCUGUGUAUGCUGAGGUCAAGCGUGUGGGAGACACAGUGCUGGGGAUGGCCACACAGUGCGUGCAGAUGAAGAACGUGCAGAGGACCACGCCACAGACCCUGUCCAAUCUCUGCUUAAAAAUCAACGUCAAACUGGGAGGCGUCAACAACAUCCUGCUGCCACAGGGCAGGCCUCCAGUGUUCCAGCAACCUGUCAUCUUCCUGGGAGCCGAUGUCACCCACCCGCCAGCUGGGGAUGGAAAGAAGCCUUCGAUCGCUGCCGUUGUGGGCAGCAUGGACGCACACCCCAACCGCUACUGCGCCACCGUGCGUGUACAGCAGCAUCGACAGGAGAUCAUCCAGGACCUGGCUGCCAUGGUGCGGGAGCUGCUCAUUCAGUUCUAUAAAUCGACACGCUUCAAGCCCACCCGCAUCAUCUUCUACAGAGAUGGUGUUUCUGAAGGCCAGUUCCAGCAGGUCCUCCAUCACGAGCUGCUGGCCAUCCGAGAGGCCUGCAUCAAGCUGGAGAAGGACUAUCAGCCAGGGAUCACGUUCAUCGUGGUGCAGAAGCGCCACCACACACGCCUCUUCUGCACAGAUAAGAAUGAGCGGGUUGGGAAGAGUGGGAACAUUCCAGCAGGCACAACCGUAGACACGAAAAUCACCCAUCCAACUGAAUUUGACUUCUACCUGUGCAGUCAUGCCGGCAUCCAGGGGACAAGCCGUCCUUCUCACUACCAUGUGCUUUGGGAUGACAAUCGUUUCUCAUCUGAUGAGCUGCAGAUUCUGACCUACCAGCUGUGUCACACCUACGUGCGCUGCACACGCUCUGUGUCCAUACCGGCACCAGCCUACUAUGCUCACCUGGUGGCCUUCCGCGCCAGAUACCACCUGGUGGAUAAAGAACAUGACAGCGCUGAAGGAAGCCAUACCUCUGGGCAGAGCAACGGGCGAGAUCACCAAGCGCUGGCCAAAGCGGUCCAGGUCCACCAGGACACACUGCGCACCAUGUACUUUGCUUGACAUGUUGUAGUGUUUAGCAAUUGUGUACCAAGUUGGAUUCACACGAGACCAGCUACACUCAGACCAACAGAUGCCCAGCCCUUCCGUGACAGCCAGCAUCGAACAUGAGACGUCUUUGGUUUUAUUAGAUCCUCCAUUUUCCAGAAUGCCUUCCGUCCCAGAUUUCAAACUUGGAUUUUGAGCUGCAGGCCUGUAUGAGACCCCAUUGUAGGAAACGUGGUUUGCCAAAACCUAUAAGCUGCUCACCGAAAGAGUCCGUGUUUCCUAAAAACAAAACAACAACAAAAUGUCCUCAAACCAGUCUAUGAACUCUCAGGGCUUUAAAACAUUUUUAAUUUAUUUGGUCAUUCGAUUUACUCGUUUUUAAAACCUGAUUCUCAAUGAAAUCGCUGGGCUCUAACUAGCUGUGAAGGCUCUGAGCGUGAAAGCAACACCAUCACCAUUGGGGUUUUAAAGCCUGACCCUAAGAAGUUGUCACUAAUGUUGUUCUAGGGGUGCCACGUGCUCUGCAGCCCCAGGGCAGAUGGCUGCUUGGUAUCCAUGGUGUCUCUCGCCUGCCACUGCCUGCCCUCGAGGCCUGAACGAAGGCGUAGUCGCAGAGAGGACAGUCACAUGUGUUUGCAGCAGUGACGGGUCCGAGAGAUUGGCAGACAAGUGCCAUUUUGAUAAAAAUUUAUUUAAAAAGAGAAAAAAAUACAAUAUUACUGACAGUCUAAUCAUAAGAUUUGUCCUGUAGGACUGUGACAUUUAUUUUCCAAAGUUUCUAAAGAAUACGGGUCUGUGGUGGUAAAUACAGUACAAUCCUUUUUCACUGUUAUGUCUUUAAUGUAAGAGAAGAAUAUAUAUAUCUGGUUUGCAGUAUUAAAUGUGGUAGGUAGAUGCUGUUUUCCUUUUGUUGACUAUGGGGUGCUUCUUGUGACCUGUUUCCCAUAUCAGGAGCUGUUUGGAGCCUGGAGACAGGCCACCUCUUGUGGCUUUUAGCGCUUACGUAGAAGAAUAUGCAACUGGCUUCAUGUGACAGCGAUGCACCCCUCCUUCUUCCCCUCCCCAGUGUGGACUGUGUAGCUUGUACCUCUGGGAAGGACAGUGUGCUUGCCAGGAAUUUGCCGUCCUCCCCUGCCUCAUCCAUGUGUAUCGCUCAGCCGAUGAAGCACAAAUGGAUUUUAUUUAUUCUUCCAUUGCUGGGGAACAAGCUCUCAUCAGAGUGCACCUCUCUCUGGGUGCAGUCUGGAAGGUGGCUUUCAUAGGAUCUAUGCACUGAAAUGGAGAGAGAGCUGCUGAUGGUGGCUCUGCUGACGUGGGAUGGGCAGGCAGGAGGAGCUGGCGGUGGGCAAGGCCAGCAGGGAAAGCACAGACUGCUCUGGGCCCCAACCUGGCUUUGCCGACCUAGAGACCAUUGAACUGAGAAGGGGACACUACCGAGUGGUUCUGUAGGUGGCAGCAGCCACUUCAGUGUGUGUGUCCAGUGGGGCUCUUCGUGCUUGUCCUGAAGCUGAGUGAGAAUCGGAUCCGCGUUCCACACACAAGUUCCCAGUAGGAACAGGGCCUCCUCUUCCUUGCUGCUUUCUGCUCUGUGGGUUUUCUCUACCCCUGCUGAUGGUCCUCACCCCCCCCCAACUCUGUGUGAUUUACCUCUGACCCUGCAGUGGAGGGAGGGUGCCAGCCCACCCCGCCCCCCACCGUGGUUGGCACCUCGUGCUAGAGGACACAGUGCCACCACUGCCCAUCAUCCACCUGCUCUGCACCUGGUGGUGGGGCAGACACAGUGACCUGGGAAGUCAUGCCCUCAGCGGGGUGUGUGUCUGUGUGUGCAUGUGGGUGUCUUACUAAUGACAUUAGUCUCUUCUUGCUGUGUCUUUAAAAAUCUUUUAACGUGACAAACCUCGGUCUCAGAAGCACUGGGGCUGCCCGCUAUCCCAUUGGCAAGUGGCACUUUCUCAGACUGUUUCGAAAAGGAUAUAAAAACACUUUAACUCACUAAGCACGGUCAGGCUGAAAAACUUGUUCAGCUGGUAAACUUUUAGAAUCUGAAAUUAGAUUGUUUUUAGCUAUCCUUAAAACCAUAUGUCUCACUGGGCGCUGGUGGCACACGCCUUUUAUCCCAGCACUUGGGAGGCAGAGGCAGGCGGAUCUUUGUGAGUUUGAGGCCAGCCUGGUCUACAGAGUGAGUUCCAGGAUAGCCAAAGAUACACAGAGAAACCCUACUCUAAAACCAAAAUAAUAAUAAAAAUAAAAAAAUUAUAAAAUACAAAAAAAAAAACAUAAAAACCAUGUCUCAAAGGUGUGUCCUUAGCCCCUUGCCAUGGGAUCUCAGUCAUGCAAAUGAGUGUGCUACAAUGCAGAUUCUCAGGCCUGCUGCCAGCCUUUUGGAUCUGGCGCUUGCAGCCGGCUGGGCAUCUGUGUUUUAGCCCCUUACCCCCACCCCAAUGUGUCUGGAGGCUUUCUGAGGCAGUCCCUCAUGAGGCCAAGGGAGCAGGAAGGAACCUGCUUGAGCUCACACCUAGGAGCACUGUGAGCUGGGGAGGACAUCUGAGAUGGGAGUUUUGUUUGUUUUGAUCAUCUUGAAGGAUAAGUUUUCUUUCUUUUUGAUGGGCUAAAGUACUUGAGGAAAGUGCUUUCUUUGGCCCACGCUUAUUUGUGACACUUUGAACAUGAAAACCUUCCCCAGACCAAACACCCCUGAUUGAGUUUAGGUACACAUUGUCCACACGUCCCAUGGUGCAGUUCAUAAAUGGCUGGAGUUCCAAUUUCUCAGGUAAAUAAUUGUUUCCCCAAAUUUUUUCCCUCCCCUUAUUAGCAUAAAUUUUGAGGUAGUAUGAGACCUCAGUCUUCUGUGGGAGCCAGCUAUCAGACUGCACCUGCACCUACAGCUGGCGACAAGUGCCGCUAGCUCCUGAAGUAUCUCCUUGCGGGAGAAACUUGGCCAAGGUUGAGGUGCCCACUAGCUAGCUGUGUUCCCAACCCCACUGAUAAGUAAGGUGUGCCUUGCUUUAAGCAAACUGAAUGUGAUUGUGUUGUUAUGCCCUGUAUCCAUUUGGAAGGGAAAUUAGGGUGUGCCUGUCUCUAAGAGAGGCUGCCCAAUCAGACUCCCAUGCUGGGACUCUUCCUAGUAUAUUGUAGGAUAUUUACUUUUCAAAAACCAGUCAUGACUUCAAUCCCUUCUCCACUGUGUGCACCAUGCAGCAAAUUCUCCACGUGCUGAUGAAGCAGUUCAAAACUCUAGGGAGACCGUGAGGCCCCAUUUUGUAGAUGAGCCCUUAAUACUAUCAAAACUCCCGUCCUGUCACUACGCGUUACCAGCCCAGAUUGUCUUAGUUCCCGUCGGCCCUGAAGCUCAGCCUACCUGUACUUCUAGAAAGGGGCUGUCUGGGGAUGUCCUCACAUGCACACUUGAUACUAUUUGGUCCAUUCUGCUUUCCCCAUAUUUGGCCUCUUCGCCACUCCUCACACCCACCAGCUUACUGGCCUCUAGGCCACAGGGCACUGCCAGUGGGGAGGCUGCUCGCUCCAUGCUGUCUGCAGCUGACCCAACACCUGUUUUCCUAAUGUUUACCUGUUACUGAGCGCUGGACAGAAAGACAGCCCCAGCGGUGGGGUUGGGCAGGGUUUUUGUUGUUGUUGUUGUUAGAUGUUAUUUUAUUAUUUUUAAGUGCAAAUGUUGCUAUUUAUUUUUUCUCUCCUGCUCUGGUUUGAUUCGGCUGAGUUGGCUGUCCCAAUGCAUGUGGUACCUGAUGGACAUGGUAGAGAUUGUUUCCCCUAACUUUUAUAAAUGACCCAAUGUUUACCUUUGGGCUUGCGGAUGCUUUAUUUUUGGAAGCCACAGAUGUAGUUUUUCUGGAUGAAUUGUUUUUCUUAUAGAUGCAGCAGUAUGCUUUUGUAUUGAUCUGCAGGGUGAUUAUAAUUUUAUUUUUACAAGCAGUUUUUCAAUCAAAUUCUAUAUUUGAUACAAUGUGUUAAGGGUAGACCAGCCCCGAGUCAUGCAGCUGGGACCCUUGAGUGUCCAGGAGGCCUUAGGGCUGGGUGACCUCUCUUGGCCCUGUGGUGGUAGCACUGACUGGUCACAGGAACCUUCAGGGUCCUUCAGCGUGACCCUGACCUUUUGGAUUGUUACAAGGAUUUCAUGGGCAUUUUGCUACGCAGGCAGUGGACAAUCCCCGUGGCCCCAGACAAGCCAUAAGCAACCUUUCUGUGACCUCCCUGACUCAUUUCUACACCCCUGAAAAAAGGAAUGUGCCCUAAGUAGAAGUUACACUCCCUUGGUGUUCAUAUGCCUCAUUUGCAAAUGUAAACACUUUGUUUGUUUUAAGCCCUUCCCCACAGUAACCGUGCUGCCUGGCUCGCUGCAGGCAGUGCGCUAGCUCUGUUCUGGGUGCCCUGUUGCAGACCCGCUGGCUCCUGGAAGUUGCACUGAUCUUGCGACAGUUUUCUUUACUGCAUCCAACUCCAUAUCUGCUGUACUCAUUGAAGUGAUUGUAAACAGAUCCACAGUGGCAGGAGUUGAUGUUUAUGUGGGACAUUGCCUUGCUUCUGCGAUCCCAACACACAUUUCAGUAUUAUAUGCUAGAGUGUGCAGACUGGAUCUGUUCUCUCAAGCAUUGUGGACUAGCCGUGUCUUGUUUUCAGACAAGAAGUUCUCCACCUCUGCACAGGACAGCAUGCUCUCCGAGACCUGAAGGCUUGAAUGUAAAUGGAUUAGUUAGGAGUCUUUGUGGCGCUUUUGGUCUGUUUAGUUUUCUUGUGAUCUGCCAGGCCCCCAGAACUAUGUCAUUCUAGUUCCUGUGACCUGUGUCAACUUGGAUGACAUCGGAAUGGCCCAGCCAGUGUUAACGGGCCAUCGCUGUAUUUCUUUGACUGGCCCUCAACUUAAAGCUGUGAGGUCACUGCUGUGUCAGACUGUCGUUUAUGGUGCAUCGAUGGAUGGCAGGGACAUCUGAAGCCCAGUGCAGGCCCUCAUGCCUUGUGACCCUGCUGGGUUCUAAGUACAGGCUCUCUCUAGUCAGCCCCACAUAAACUGUCUGUGGUCAGGGUACCCAGUGUCUGAAACAAAAGGAGCUUUUACAUUCAAACCGCUGUGUGUGUGUGUGUGUGUGUGUGUGUGUGUGUGUGUGUGUGUGUGUGAUGUCAGUGCCAUUGCAGAGCCCUCACCUUGUGUCUUUUGGAUUUGUUCUGCCAUUUAUUGUCUCAAGUUGAAUGUAUCGGCUUAGCCAAAUCACUACAGAAGGUGGUUUCUCCAAACCUUUUAGACAGAUGCAUAAAAGCUACCUCUGACUUCUCAUUGGUUUGUGUUUGCUCUGAAGCACCGCUAUCCACACUGAAUAUAGCCAAAAUAUCACCUGAAUCAACUGAGUUGUGAACUCCUCUGUUCAGCUCUGGCUUGAAAAUGUGUGUGCCAUACUGUGACCUGGGGCGGCCCCCUCUGCUAUCGCUGACCAGGGAUAACCUCAGCACCGCCCAGCUACAAGAGUCUAUCACCUGAGAGGCUGGCAGAAGGGCUUCUCUGCAUGGGGAACGUACAUCCUCCAGGCUGUUGGAAGCGACUCCAUGCAGGGCCACAUGUGGCUGAGCCUGGAGGCAGCCUGUUCCUGCCUAGUUUUGCAUCUUUUCCCCUGCUUGCUUACUUAUGAAUGGGUUCCUUGCUCUCUCCUUCCUUUUUAUACACUAUAAACUCAUAAAGGUGCUCCAACACCGACUCGUGCAGAUAAUGUAUUUAAAGCAGUUGCAUGGAUUCAGACAGUACAGGCACAGCUAGCUGACCUUUGAUCUUGGGUUUGAAUGCGACGGACUGAAAGCUCUGUGCUCUCGCCCUAGGCCCUCAGAUGGAAGGAGUAAUGGGCUCUUUUUGAGUACAAGUCCCCACUCGUGUUUGACAGUGCAUGUCUGACUUAGAGGUUUGCCAUGGGGACCCGCCACCUCUAGCCAGAUCUCCUGUGGUCGUCCACUUUGCUGUCCAGAAGGCCAUCCUUAUACAUCAUGGCUCUACCUUCAUCCCUUUGGCCUCUCUCUUAAAGUUUACUUGGCCUCAUUUUGAAAAGUCAGCAUAAGCUCCCAGAUUCCUCCACUAAUUGACUUAGGAAAUCAUGACACAGUUGGACAGUGUCAUGAAGGCCUGGGUAUUGAAGGGCAUGUGGAGGGGCCUCUGCCAAAUGUCUCUGCAACCCUCCUCUCUAGUUGUAAUGCAUUGUUGGGGGUGGGGUGUCACCUUCCAUGCUUUUGGUGUGCAAGCAUUUGUGGCACCCGGGUCAUUUGGAUCCUCUGGCUUGGCUGAGGGUUUGGUGAGAAUCCAGGGAGGCACAGGGCUCUAGACAUACUCUGUCUAGGGCCUCACCCAGGUACAGUGGUAUGAGCUACAGUCCUCAGAGGGCACCAGCAAGAGGAACCUUCCCUCUUCUGGGGGAUACCAAGCAACCCAAAGCCCUGGCCACUGCAGUUUUGAGGGCUAAAAGGUUGCAGGAGCUCUCGUUUUUGUACAGACAGUACCUUCUUCCCUGAGGGGUCACCAGAAAACAAUUGUGGGAACCUUCCUCAUUCAGUUCUUCCUGCCUCUUCAAACUCCUUAACAUCAGUGUGGUCACAAGAACACUCAACACCAGCUACCAGCAGAGUGAGGUAUACCUGUGGGGACAGGUCGUAAUGGCCGCUGGAGGUUGAAGCAGGGGCUAAUCUUUAGUUGACCCUACCCACGGAGCUCGUCACUCCUCAGUUCCUCCUUGCAAACUGUGAUGCCGCCCUGCAGCCAUAGAGGCACCCUAAGUCCCAUCCUGGGUCUUUUGUGUCCUCACAAGCAGGCUCGCCUUUUGCUGGGGUUUGAGGUCAGGUCUUUUGUUCUCUGCCCCUCAGCUCAACCGUCUGUUGUAUAGGAAGUAGGUUUAGAGGGAAUUGGAAUUGUGUCUUUGUGAAUCUGUGUGACGUCCUCGGGCGGAAGGUGCUAUUUGGUCCUAAUGGUAUUUUGGAAUGCUUUUUCAUUGUUGUUACUCUGUUCUGUGACGUGGGUCACUUAAACCGAAAACAGAGGACUCCAGCUUUGACAUGCCUAUAAUGGCAUUCUUAUCUCUGACCUUCUCGAGCCAGGGAUGAAGCAGUUCCCUAGCCUGGUCUCAUUAAAACCACCCUCCCUGUCAAGGGAUGUUUUUGUUGGUUUUAACAGGGGAAGUGAUCUGCUUUUUUUGGUUUGUUUGUUUUUUUUUUUUUUUUUUAAUUGCAUAGACAAGGCCUUUGCCUGUGAAGCACUGGCUGUGGGUGGAUAAUACAUUAACAGUAACAAUUUUGGUUCCUCUUUAAAACCAAAUAGACCAAUGUGAUUAAACCCCGAAAGGGUACAAUUCCCCAUUAAAUUGGAAUUUGAGUCCUGCGUUUGGAAAAGAAUUUUAGUGUAGUUGUUAAAAGUUAAGAAUUUAUAACUGUAGGCGCAAAUGAGUUUUUGUUUAACAACAACAACAAAAAAAAAAAGGUUGUAAGAGAAUGAUUGUAGGCUUCUGUGCAACAAAGUGUCUACCGCCUCAAAUGCAGGAAGAGAAUGUAACCCUGAACCCAGACUCUUUCCUCUCAUACUUCAGAUUACCUGCCUAAUGUGUAUUGAGGGGUUUAACCCUGGGUUUUUAUCAAUUUUUCUAGUUUUAUUUUAUUUUUAUAAAAUAACUGAAAAAGAACCAAAAAUGAAUUCAGAAGUUCCCCCUGUGGCUCCUCGCCCAGUCUUAUCCCCCCCCCACCCACACACACUGAAGCAUUUUUUGAAGACAUUUUGAAUCAAAAUGUAUUACAUCCAUUUAACGUUUGCUACUUUCUGAGAAGUGGAGUGGCUCCAAAGGCCUGUUUUCAGGUGGUACUCUGUAUGUCAUGGACAUGUUUGUACCUGUACAGUGGAUCUGUAUGACGAUGUCUUGUGCUUGCAGUUUAGAAACCACGCAGUGCUGUUUUGUAAAUUGACAGUUCCUGUGUAAACUAUUAUUUAUGACCCUUGGCCCCUCUGUAUAAUUUUUCAUUUGCUACAUGGAUUGUACAAUUAAUUAUAAAAUUAUAGUACCUGCUAAACUCAACUUUGAGGCUUCAUGUCAUUGUCUUCAGUCUGAUGCCAGUCUGUGGAUCGUCAGGAUGCCCAGGCCUUGCUUGAUACCAGUAGUGAUGUCACUUUAAAUUAAGCCUUAAUCAGAUAGUGAAUUUGUACAUUUCAGAGUAUGCAAAAAAUAAAAAAUAAUAUAGGCAGAUGCGUUUCAACUGUCCAGAUCCAGAUGCUCAAUCGUAACUCCAGCACGUGCUCCCUCUGGAGUUAAAAGGGGUCGCUGUUAGGGUUACAUUCUUCCCCUCAUUUGUGCUCUCCGUCUUGGCUUGAUGGGAACAGGUCGGUUGUGCGCGUUUCUGUACCGGUCUGGCUAGAGACCUCGGCAGGGUCAUCUUCAAACGCCUGGUUCUCUCCUCCAGUCUGAGAUGAGCCUUGGCUGCUGGGAACACGACUGAGACAUAGGUUUUCCCAGCCUGCUCCUAGGCCAGGCUCUCAGCGGGCACUGCCACCUGUCACUGCUUCUGAAUAAAUCACAACAGAUUUUUGUUUCUGUAAAAGCAUCUUCAAUCUUGGGAUAAGAUAGAGGGGACCCAGCUUUCUAUACAAUGUGGAUCUACCUCAGUUAAACAGUUGGGUGCUAUUUACUAAGUCUGUCAAAUUAAAUUGGAAAAUGUAACCAAACAGUGGGACGUAACGAACUCCACAUGAAACUUGAAAUCAUCGUUUCCGUUUAUUUAAUGAUAUUUUUAUUUAUUUUGUGCCUUUUCUGUUAACCCUAAUACAUUUUUGAAAUUCAGAAUAGUCAUUUUCUCUUGCAAGUGGGGAGCCCCGCCUGAUCAUGCCAGUAUCCCAUCUGACUGCUCUCGUUGUUACUUGGGAUCCCAACCUGCCUUUUUGGAAAAGGGAGGGGAAAAAUAUGUCCAAGAGCAAAUUUUACACAAACAUUAUUCACAUAACAUACCCCAGCUAUUCUAUGCAUGUGUUCAUAACUGUCACUUCCAUUUCUGUGCCAUUGAAGAGGCACACACCCAAAAACAGACACCCCAAGUACUCGUUUCUGCUUUUUUUUUUUUUCUUUUUUGCUGACCAUAUCCCUCUUCCUCUGGCAUGUUUUGUAUAAGACUUUAUUUCAUAAACAGCAAAUGGACUGUUGUCGAUUCCAUCUCCUAGUUUGCAUGGUGGAAGUGCUAAACACCACGGGCACUGGAGAGGGCACCACGCCCGUGGCCGUCUGGAGGUGGGGAAGGUGUGCGCUCUGCCGCAGCCCAUGGUUUCUGAAGUCAGGAACACUUUUUGAUGGGUAAGAAAAUAAGAUCGGAGAUCAAUGACUUUCCACAUUUUUAUAUUUGGCAGUUUACAAGUCUAGACUUUUCCUACUAUGGCAAUCUUUUUUUAACAGUUCUUUGGCGGUAACACAAUAUUUUGGAGUCUUAUGAAUUUGAUUUUAUACCAAUCAGAAAUAAAGUUAGGAAUCUUUCCUGUAGUGUAUGUAUAGUCUUAGUCUUUUAAAGAGAUCUCUGGAUUUUAGAAGAACCAACUGUACUUGGUGGCAAGAUUCCGAAAGGUGAUUUGGGAAACACCCGCUCCCCCUUUUCUCUACCUCUCCCACCUCUCCCCUUUGCAGGAUCUCAAAGGAAAACAAGUAAGAGAAGGGAUGAUUCUCUUGUUAGACGUGUGUGGGUUUGGUUUGGUUUUGAAGCUUCCAUCAGGUUGAUACGUAAGCUAUAUUUUAUAGACUAAAUCCCCCUUUAGUAUGCUGCAUAUGGAUAUGAAGCUCAGAGCUGUUGCACUUUCUCUGUAAUCAAUGCCCUACAAUUGGCUUGCCGGAAGCAUUUUAUUUUAACCUGACGAGUACUUUGGGCAGGUGAUGAAAUUAACAUAGGUACCUCAAGUCAAAGACCUGCGUGUGCUGCAUUUCGGUUUGUUGUUUUGGUGGGUUUUUUGGUUUUCUUUUUAAUUUGGGUUUUUUGGGUUGUUUUUUUUUUUAGCUUUUCUAUGUAGCAUUAUAUUUUACUUGUUUUGAUAUUAUGCUUUCUGGACCCCAUUAGUCUGUUGAAAGAAAAACCCAAAGUUAGUAUCCUCCUUUUUUCUCCCUGCAGUAUGUGGUUCUAAAGGUCACCCUACAUAGGAAUCUUUCCCCAAGCACACUGAGGAAAAGGGUACUACGCAUCUCAGCAGGCCGCGCCGCUCAGAUCUUUGUGUUCAUGCUGCUUCCUCGGUUUCCUUCUCCACAUCACCCAAGGGUGGGUACCUUCAGUGCAAAGUUGUGGCAUCUUAACUUUAACACACAGACCUCAUGGGUGUCCGUCCUUUGAGUCAGUAGCAUGGCCUAAAGGCAAUGACAGGGUGCAGCAGCUGGGCAGUCUGGCCUUGGAGCAGCCGCCUUUCCUGUCUUUCUCGGCACUCGCCCACAUUGACCUGGUUGGGUGGUCUGCAUGGACAAGACAGCUGGUGAGAAAAGCUGAAUGCUGAGACACCGUGCAUCUCUUGUCGUGUUUAAGCUUAGCUGGGUCCUUUCAAGUUUGUUUUCACAGCUUACUAGGUUAAAUAGUUUGCACUAUUUUUGCAAUAAAUUCAUGGGAAACCUAACAGCUACUUACGUUGUUCUUACUGUGUGUAUAAACUAAUACUGAAAGUUUGGUAUAGUGUUUUUCACCUCCUUCUGUAGUCCCCCUAACAUGCACAGAAUGCUGUAAAUCUGAUAAAAUAUGUGAAUGAUAUUUUAUAAAGUUAUUUUGUAUGGUGUCAAUUUUGUUUUGCCUCAUAGUAUGUCAGCAAAAAAAUAAAUAAAAUUCCUCAUAUUUACA